CUUAGUUUGGCUUUCGAAGUUCAGCGAAGACAAGCAGCAGCAUGGCCCCGCAGACGGAGCUCCGCCAGCGCCACGCCGCCGUCGACGAGACGCCGGUGGCCGGCAAGAAGGCCUUUACAUGGCAGGAGGUUGCGCAGCACAACACGGCGACCUCGGCCUGGAUCAUCAUCCGCGGCAAGGUCUACGACGUGACCGAGUGGGCCAACAAGCACCCCGGCGGCCGCGAGAUGGUGUUGCUGCACGCCGGUCGCGAGGCCACCGACACGUUCGACUCGUACCACCCGUUCAGCGACAAAGCCGAGUCGAUCUUGAACAAGUAUGAGAUUGGCACGUUCACGGGCCCGACCGAGUUUCCGACCUUCAAGCCGGACACGGGCUUCUACAAGGAGUGCCGCAAGCGCGUUGGCGAGUACUUCAAGAAGAACAACCUCCACCCGCAGGACGGCUUCCCCGGCCUCUGGCGCAUGAUGGUCGUGUUUGCGGUCGCCGGCCUCGCCUUGUACGGCAUGCAUUUUUCGACCAUCUUUGCGCUGCAGCUCGCGGCCGCGGCGCUCUUCGGCGUCUGCCAGGCGCUGCCGCUGCUCCACGUCAUGCACGACUCGUCGCACGCGUCGUACACCAACAUGCCGUUCUUCCAUUACGUCGUCGGCCGCUUCGCCAUGGACUGGUUCGCCGGCGGCUCGAUGGUGUCGUGGCUCAACCAGCACGUCGUGGGCCACCACAUCUACACGAACGUUGCGGGCUCGGACCCGGAUCUCCCGGUCAACAUGGACGGCGACAUCCGCCGCAUCGUGAACCGCCAGGUGUUCCAGCCCAUGUACGCGUUCCAGCACAUCUACCUUCCGCCGCUCUACGGCGUGCUUGGCCUCAAGUUCCGCAUCCAGGACUUCACCGACACGUUUGGCUCGCACACGAACGGCCCGAUCCGCGUCAACCCGCACGCGCUCUCGACGUGGAUGGCCAUGAUCAGCUCCAAGUCGUUCUGGGCCUUCUACCGCGUGUACCUUCCGCUUGCCGUGCUCCAGAUGCCCAUCAAGACGUACCUCGCGAUCUUCUUCCUCGCCGAGUUUGUUACCGGCUGGUACCUCGCGUUCAACUUCCAAGUUAGCCACGUCUCGACCGAGUGCGGCUACCCGUGCGGCGAUGAGGCCAAGAUGGCGCUCCAGGACGAGUGGGCCGUCUCGCAGGUCAAGACGUCGGUCGACUACGCCCAUGGCUCGUGGAUGACGACGUUCCUUGCCGGCGCGCUCAACUACCAGGUCGUGCACCACUUGUUCCCGAGCGUCUCGCAGUACCACUACCCGGCGAUCGCGCCCAUCAUCGUCGACGUCUGCAAGGAGUACAACAUCAAGUACGCCAUCUUGCCGGACUUUACGUCGGCGUUCGUUGCCCACUUGAAGCACCUCCGCAACAUGGGCCAGCAGGGCAUCGCCGCCACGAUCCACAUGGGCUAAACCUCCGUCGUCGACACACUUUGUGAAUGCGAGAUGUUGAGUUUCGCCAUCAAUAUGCUGUUGUUUGCGAGUUCA